AUGCCAUACACUGAACAAGGAUAUAAACCAAAACAAAGAAAACACAAAGAUACCUCUAAAAGUGAUCACGAAAAACCUCACCAAAAUACUCACCAAAAGUCACAACAAAAUAAAAAUAAAAGUGGAAUUAAAAGACAAAACAACAGUAAAUAUACUCAGCCUUUAAAACAACGAAGUAAUCCAUUUGGAGCAAAGGUUAGUGAUGAAUUAAAAAAAGAAUAUCAAGAAAAAAAACAAAGAAAAGAAAGUAAUGAAGAUGCUAUUAAUCAAAUGAAAUUUCUUAUUAAUUCACAUUCUAAUACUCAUAAAAAAUGGAGUGCUGGAGAAAUAGAACAAUUAAUUACUCUUUCAAGGUCUUCAAUGUAUGAAUUAUCAAUUAAACCAGAUGCUUCUAGAAUUAUUCAAACAAUUAUUAAAAAUGGUGAUAAUGAACAAAGACAAACUGUUUUAACUGAAUUAAAGCCAAAGAUUUUUGAUUUAACUAAAGACCAAUAUGGACAUCAUGUUGUAAAGAAAUUAUUAAAAUAUUGUUCUAAAAUUGUUCCAAGUUUAUUACUUGAAUUAUAUCAUACCCAUAUCUUUGAAAUGUUAAUGCAAAAAUUUUCUAGUGAUGUUUUAAAAACUUUAUGUGAAUUUAUUAAUAAAACUCAACAAAGAAAAUUAAUUGAAGAAGUAUAUGGAGCACAAUAUGAGUUUUUAAAAAGUAAAAACCCAGAAUUAAAAACUUUUUCUGAAGUUAUUGAUUCAAAUGAUACUUUAAAAAAUGUUAUUUGUAAAGACUUAAAAGAUAAAGUAUUCAAAAUUCUUAACAAACAACAUGUUUCAACUAACCCAUUAUUAGCUCAACUUCUUAUUGAUUAUAUUAGUUGUGUUGAUGAAAAAGAUGCAUCUGAAGUUGCUGCUUCACUUAGAGAACAUUUACAACAAUUCUUAACUUUACCUGAAGGACCAAAAUUAAUGAAAUUUGUAAUUAUUCAUUCAUCUGCUAAAGCACGAAAAGGACUUCUCAAAGAAUGUAAAGAAAAUUUAAUUACAUUGAUGACUGACAAAUUUGGUCAUUAUUGUAUUUUAUACUUGUUAAGGCAUGUAGAUGAUAAAAUGGCUUUGAAGAAAUAUGUUCUUGAUAGUAUUGAAGCAAUGACACAAAAAUUAGUUUUUGACAAAUGUGGAAUUGAGUUAUUAGAAUUUAUCCUUGAUCCAUUAAGUACACAUUUCCUUCCACCAUCAAUUAUUGAUCCAUUAAAAGAAAAAGGUUCGUUUACUUUAAAAGAUGAUGACAUUCGUUUUAAAGAUAUGUUAACUGAAUUAAAACCUACUCUUCUUGACAUUUGUCAAAAAGAGUAUAAAUCUCUUACAAAAUUUAAACCAACAAGAAGAUUCUUAACGGCUGUUAAAAAAUCAUUCCCAGAAGAAACUACAUUUAUUAUUGAUGAAGACUUAAAAGGCAAAAAAGUGGGAGAAGAAAAUAAAGCUGAAGAAAUAAAAGAAGAAAAACCAAAAGAACCAUCACAACCUCUUCCUGUUGAAACUGAUGCUGUUAUGAAAGGUGAAGAAGUAGAUGACAUUAAAGAAAUUAAGAAAGAAGUUGCUGAGGCUAAAGCUGAAAAAGCAAAAGAAAUGAAAAAGAAGGUUAAUAAGAAAGGCUAUUCCAAAUGA